AUGACGAUGGAGGAAUCACAAUGGCUACAAGAUGUCCUUCGAUACUCGCUCAAAGCUUCCUCCUACACAACCGCCGACGACAAGCCUCCCCAAGCGGAUCCGCGACUGGGGAAAUUAGUUGAAGGGAUAUUGUUUUCGAGACGAUUCAUUUUGACCUAUCAUAUUAUUAUUUUGGGGAUUAUAUUCUCGUUAUCCGUAGGACACUGGUCGGGAAAACUGGUUCGAUGGAGGAGACGACGGGCGAUGAAGCUACGAACCUUUGGGGCCGAGGACGAAUAUGAUGCAGAUGCAAAGACCAUUACUCCAUACUCUCAAAGGGACAGGAUCAGUGUCUGUGAAGUCGAAGGGGUUUCAUUUUCAGGUAGUAGUACUACACAAGGCAGUGAAGGGUCUGCAAGCCCGCCACGGAGGGAUCUGAGCAAGGACGAGGAUGAAGACGAAGACGAGGAGACCCCGCUUCUACAUCAAGGGAAUGCACCCCAUCCAGUGUAUUCUCGACGAACUAUGAUUUCCUAUAUAAGGGCAUUCUUAGUCUACCAGCCAAGACCAAUACCCUUCUUCAACAAAGUCCUUCCAUCAAAUGGAGCUUCGUUGGCAGUUCUGGCCUUCAUUGGACUGAAUAUCUUUUAUAUGUACUACCAUAUCAACUUCAACAGUUUUGAAACAUUCGUCUGGGCCGAUAGAUUUGGUCUGCUAUUCGUAGCCAAUCUCCCCUACUUAUAUAUACUGGCCGCGAAGAACCAGCCCUUAAGGUUACUCAUGGGCCAAUCUUAUGAAUCUUUGAACCUCAUACACCGUCGUUUGGGAGAAUUGUUAUGUCUUGAGGCUCUCCUCCACUUCGUGGGAAUGAUCGCUACCUGGUACCAAACCUUUCGUCCUAGCGGAUUCGGUUUCAUACGUUUCUUAACACUAAAAGUGACAUUUCUUGGCCUCAUUGCCUUGAUAUCUUACGAGAUGUUAUACCUCACAUCUCUUGCCAGUUUCCGUCAGCGUUGGUACGAAUUAUUUCUAGGCCUACACAUAGUUCUCCAAAUCAUCGGCCUCAUAUUCGUCUUCCUGCACCACUCAGCAGCAAGACCCUACGUUGGCGUUUCCCUCGCCAUCUUCCUCAUAGACCGCCUCGUUUACCGAAUAGGGGUAAAAUCCAGCACCCUCGAAGCGAGAGCUACAAUCAUGGAAGACGACGAUACAGUCAAGCUAUCCACAAUCAUCACUAUUCAACGCAAACCCCGCUAUAUCUUCGGAAAACCCACCACAGCAGGCUGGCUGCCAACAGACCACGUCUUCGUUAGCAUCCCAAGUCUAGGACGAAAACACAUUCUGCAAGCCCACCCCUUCACCAUCGCCUCCCAAGCCCCAGGCCCAGAAGACGAAAAAGCGGUUCUCGACCUCAUAAUCCGUGCUCAAGGUGGCUUUUCAGCGGACCUCCUAAUGCGGGCUCGCUCCCACAAGACCCUCUCCAUCCGUCUCGAUGGACCCUACGGUUCCCCUCACGCGCGCAUACUCGUCGAAUCCUGCUCCACAGCACUCAUAAUCGCCGGUGGAAGCGGUAUUGCCGUCGCCUGGCCUCUCAUCCACCAUCUCCUCGAUACCAGGCGGCGUACCGAUAUGGAGACCGCCCCCAGUUCCAAGACGUUACGCGGGAAGAGGAUUGUGCUAGUGUGGAUUAUCCACGAAGGUGACCAUAUUGACUGGAUUGGACGGAAGGCUUUAGGGGAUGUGGAGAAUAUGGGGGUGGAGAUUCUAGUCCCUCGCGCUACUUCUGAGAUUGGAAGACCGGACUUGAAAGCCAUUGUUAAAGAGACCGUUGGUAAACAUGCUGUAGAACCGAAACGGAGUAUUGGUGUAUUGGUCAGUGGACCAGAUGGCAUGAACAGAAUUGUGCGUAAUACAUGCGCCGGUAUGGUUCGAGAUGGCCUUGAUGUCGAGAUUGCGGUUGAGAAGUUUGGCUGGUGA